UAUUUAAAAGAUAAAAAAAUUAAAUUUAGGAGGACACAUGACUGAUAGAUAAGAGGGAAAAAAUAAAAAUAAAAAUAAAAAUAAAAAAAAUUCAUCCAACAAUCAAGAUACAAAUUGAAACUGAACCUCACCCAUCACACCAACACAUUAUAUAGAAGUUGGGCUUUUGAAGUUCUAUAAUAGAACUCUCUCUAUGCAUAUGUAGUCGUCAUCUACUAACUAUUUUUGAAUCCCCAAAUUUUAUUCAGGGGAUAGCAUAGCAACUAUGGAUCAAACACCCCAUAUAGGCAUCCUACCCAGUCCAGGAAUGGGUCACCUCAUCCCACUCUCCGAGUUCGCCAAGCGACUCGUUCUCCACCACAACUUCUCCGUCACCAUCAUCGUCCCCACCACCGGACCACCAUCCAAAGCCCAAAAGGACGUCCUCCAAUCCCUCCCCGUCGGCGUAAACCACAUCUUUCUCCCACCGGUUAGCUUCCACGAGUCCACUCAGGAAAUCAAAGCCGAGACCCAAAUCUUCCUCACCGUGUCUGGCUCUCUUUCCUCUCUCCGCGACACGUUAAAGUCGUUAAUUGCGACCACCCGUUUGGUCGCUCUCGUCGUAGAUCCGUUCGCCACCGAAGCCUUCCGUGUCGCAGAUGAACUUCACGUCUCGCCGUACUUGUUAUUCGCAGCGCCGGCGAUGACUCUGUUGUUUUGCCUUCAUUUGCCACUUCUUGAUCAAACAGUUUCAUGUGAAUACAGAGACUUACCUCAACCGGUUCAACUUCCGGGUUGCGUCCCGGUUCCUGGAAAAGAUCUCCUGGACCCGGUUCAGGACCGCUCCAACCCAGCAUACAAGGGAAUUCUUCAACAGGUGAAGCGGUUGACUUCAUGUGAGGGGAUUUUAGUGAAUAGUUUCAUGGAUAUGGAAGAGGGGGCUAUAAAAGCUUUGCAGGAGGAAGAACCUGGUAAGCCGCCGGUUUAUCCCAUUGGGCCGCUUAUUCAGACCGGUUCAAGUACUGGGCCGGAUAGGCCCGAGUGUUUGGUAUGGCUGGAUAAUCAGCCAAGUGGCUCGGUCCUAUUCGUCGCCUUCGGAAGCGGCGGGACCCUCUCAAGUGAGCAGCUCAAUGAACUGGCGUUUGGGUUGGAAAUGAGUGGGCAAAGAUUUCUGUGGGUGGUAAGAAGCCCAAAUGAUGCAGCUGCCAAUGCUGCAUUCUUUAGCGUCCAAAGCCAAGACGAUCCUUUUGGUUUCUUACCAGAUGGAUUUUUGGACAGGACAAAAGAGCGAGGACUGGUGGUGCACUCUUGGGCACCACAGGUUGAGGUCCUGAGCCAUGGUUCAACCGGUGGGUUCAUAACUCACUGUGGUUGGAACUCGACCCUAGAAAGUGUGGUCCAUGGGGUGCCACUAAUUGCUUGGCCACUUUAUGCGGAGCAAAAGAUGAAUGCUCUAAUGUUACAUGAGGGACUAAAAGUGGCUUUGCGUCCACAAGCUAAUGAACAUGGUCUGGUGGGUCGAGAGGAAAUUGCAAAAAUAGCAAAGAAUCUAAUGGAAGCAGAAGAAGGGAGUUUGAUUCGCGGCAGAAUAAAAUCCUUGCAGAGCGCUGCUAGAAAUGUCUUAAAUAAAGAUGGAUCCUCUACAAAGUCACUAUCCGAAUUGGUAAGUAAGUGGAGGAAUCAUAAACAUGUUUAAUUUCCUCCAAUUUUUAUGGUUAUUUAAUAAGAAUAUGGACCUUAUAUUUAGCAUUAAGGUCCCCCCUAGCUGGACUUGGGUUAUGGGUUGCUCAAGUUAAAGUCACGUAACACCCACUUGCAUUUCAAGUUGCCCCCAUAUGUAUCUGCAUAUUUAAUUCUUUGAAUAUUCCACUUCAUUAACUGAUAAUCUAAAAAAUUCUCAAAAUUUAUUAUUAAUAUUAUCGAAUAAUCUAAAAAAUUCUCA